CGCUGUUUGGUAAAAAGGAAGAAAAGUUUAGACACUACACCUGCAUGCAUGGUAUGGACAUGGAAAGUCAAGGAAAAUCUUAAUCAGCAACAACUUGUCAAGCAGACCAUGAUGUGUUUCUGAAUGCAAGAUAUUGCAGCGUGCUAACUGACAAACAUGGGGAAAAAGGCAGCAAUGCAGAAGAGCAAGCAGUGGAAUGUUAAGGGAGCCAUGCAUCUGGCAGGUGUCUUUCACUUCCUCCAAUCCUGCGGCUCUGGUUGCCUCGUUCCCUUCCUCACCAUCUACUUCCGGCAUCUGGGACUCACUGCCACCAUGACUGGACUUAUCAUGGCCUCUAAACAUCUCCUCACCUUGGUGUGGCGACCAGUGUCCAGCGUCCUCGCCAGGCAAUACGACAAACGGCGGACAGUCAUAGUGGGCUCUUUGCUUAGCUCUGCAUUGGUGGUUUUGAUUCUUUUGCUCUUCCCCUCUGCAGGAACCAAAGCUGAAAGUGGGCGGUGCAAUGCUAGUCAGCCCAGUGCUGACUUUACAGAUGGAAGUGACUUCACUAUUCUAGAGAGCAUGAACAUACCAUCACAGUCCAGUGCUACUGUCUAUUCUGUAAACCAUACAACUGUCAUCAUGGAACAACCUGAUGAAUUGAACUCCACAUAUAAACCCACACUUGUAAACUCCAGCUCCAGUUGGUUAAGAAGAGCGAUUAGAUAUUUGAGGAACCUCAAGGAGCAACAAGAAGAAUCUCUACACACUGAGUUUCUUGGGAGCCUCAAAGCAAUGGAUGCACAGCAUCAGAAGUUCUUUCUAGUUCUCAUUGUGAUUGGAUUGUGGGAAUUCAUGGCCGCCCCAUUAGAGUGGACAGCGGAUGAUGGGCUAUAUGAAUACUUGGAUUUUGUAGAUGCUACAGACCACCAUAAAGGUGUUACAGUUUGGAAACCACUUGGGACGGCUGUUGGCAAUGGUGUGGUUGGUAUUCUUGUAACCAGCCUGUAUUGUCGUACUGGGACUGUGGCAGAGUUCUACUCAUACACUGCGCUCAUGAUCCUAACUGUACCUGCAGCUGCCCUACUCCCACUGUACUUCCGCAAGCGUGAGCGCCCAACUAGUGGCGGGUUUAAAGCACUACAACUGGUACAUAGGAACUCGCAAGCACUACUUUGUGCAAUUACUGUCGUCCUGACUGGCAUGGCAAGCUCAGCUGUGUCUGACUUCCUACUGUGGCAAAUGCAGGACCACAAUGCCACGGAAAUCCACAUGGGCAUUUCCUUAGCCUUGGCGCACUUAAGCCAAGCUGGCGUUCCCCUAUAUGCUGGGCGUCUCGCCCGAUUUCUGAAGUACCAUGGGUGGUUACUGGUGCUUGCUGUCAUCACUCUGUCCAUUCAGUGCCUUUAUUAUUCUUUUCUAUGGGACCCAUGGAGCAUAAUACCCGCUCAAAUUCUCGCUGGCUUCAGCACUGGCGCUCUUUGGUGGUCAGUUGCAGCACAAUGCGAGGACAUUGCCACUCCUGGGACCGAAGAGACUCUGAUAAGGCUAUUUGAGGGCCUACCUCUGGAGCUGGGAGCUGGGUUGGGCAGUCUGUUGGCGGGAUUUGUGGUGCAGAAGUUUGGCAUAAAGAUUCUGUUCCAAAGCAUAUCAGUUAUUCUUGCUGUGUGGAGUAUCGCUCUAGCUGCACUCAAGUGGAAGAUUCCAAGGCAGCGCAGGAUAAACUAUUCUCGCCUGCUGACCGCCGACACCGGUGAAAUAAGUGAGUCCGAAUCAGACCAGGAGAAAGACUGGCUGGAGACAGCUAUGGAAGAUGCCAAACAGAAAAACAAUUGGACAAUAGCCAAGUCUUAAUCAAUUGAAGGAAUUGGUGACUUGAAUACUUCCCUUAGGAAUUUGUUGAAUACUUCAAAGGGUGAAUUAAAAGGAAUAAAAGCAAAAUAACUCAUAAGA